UUUAGUUUGUAACUAGAAUUUGUUUUCUCUUAAUCGAUUUAUGACUUUUGAACACCGGUGUACUACUGCAUGUUGCCUUUAUAUAAUGUGAACAAAUACUUCUGUAGCAGCUGUGUGGUAAAUCUGACACUAAUAAUCCAUAGAUAUAAUGACAGGAUAAAAAAUGGCUGUUUCUUCAGAAAAAAUGGAUCGCAAGAAAAUGCCAGCAACAGUUUCCGAUUUACCAACACCAAGUUUUCUAGUAGAUUUUGACAAAGUUAAGAAGAAUGCCAAGAAGAUGGUAGAUACUUGUGAGAGACUUGGAGUUCAGCUACGUCCACACAUGAAGACGCACAAAACAGUAGAGCUCGGUACCUUAAUGACUAAUGGCACAAAUAGAACGAUAGAAGUGUCAACUUUAGAAGAAGCGGAAUUCUAUGCUAAAAAUGGAUUUGAUGAUAUUCUCUAUGCUCAUCCACUGAUAGCUAUCCGUAUCGAAAGGUGUAAAGAGUUAGCUUACAGAUUAAAAGCUUUUCAUGUGAUGAUAGAAAAUUUCCAUGGAUUGAUAGCUUUGUUGAGUAGUCCCUUAGAGAACGGCAAGAAGUGGUCUGUAUAUCUUGAGAUCGACGACGGCUGUGGAAGAAGCGGUGUACCAUGGGACAGUGAUGACGUUAUUAAACUUGCAAAAGAAGCUUCCGAAUCUCCUUAUAUAGACUUGCAAGGAUUGUAUUUGUAUAAUGGUAAAACGUAUGAAGCAAAAGGCACGAAAGAUAUAGAAAACGCAAACAAAGAAGGAACAGAUCUACUACAAACUUUGUAUAAAAGAUUUACUGACAACAAUAUCGAAUGCAGAACUUUAGCCAUUGGUAAUACACCAAGUUGUUCACGUCCACAUGAGAGUAUGAAUGUUUUGACAGAAUUCCAUCCGGGAAAUUACAUAUUCUAUGAUAUGCAACAAGUCACUAUUGGUAGUUGUGACAUAGAAGACAUAGCAUGUCGUUUGACCACACGAAUUAUUGGACAUAAACCAAGCCAUAAUAUCUUCCUGAUAGAUUGUGGAUUUUUGGCUCUUAGUUAUGACGGAAUGGAUGAACAUCCAAAUGAUUUUUCGACCUUUGUGGACAAUCCAGAUUUAAAAGUAAUUGGAUUUUCACAAGAGAUUGGCAAAGUAACUACAAAAUCCGGAGAUAAACUUAAUUAUGACAAAUAUCCAAUUGGAUCACAGUUGUUUAUCAUCCCAUGGCAUUCAUGUGCCACCGCUUGUCAACACACUGUUUUCUAUGUACAUUCUGGGAACAAGAUAACUGACAUGUGGAAACCAGCCAAAGGGUGGUGAUUUAAACAGACUCGGUGGAAUACUGCGUUUCCUUAAAGAAACAUUGAUUAUACAGUUCAUUAUGCCUUUACACAUUAAAUUAUAGCAUACAAAUUAAAAAAGAAGAACACCAUUUGAAAUAUAAUUGA